AUGCCGCCCAAGAAACCAGCACUUCCGCCAGCCUCGCCACAAGCAGCCCACAAGAAGCGCGUAGUCAAGCUCCACCACGAGCCAACAUUUCUCGAGCCCCACAAGCCUCCGCCGAUGCAUCGCCCCACCCCGAGACCCACGAGCCCGCUCCAUUGCCCAGACUCUCCAAAACCCACACCACCGCUGGAUUUGGAACUCACCGUCCCUGCACAGAAAACUACCACAACGCCCAGAGAUGCUGCCCAAAACCUGUCAUCAACCACCUUGCCAAAACCACGAGUCAAACACUUUCUCUCCCGAUCUCAGCCCAGGGCACUGAAGUACCCUUCGGCAGCCAGCACAGUGACAACAAGGCGAUGCUGUUGGCCGCAGCCGGACAAGGAACUUUUUGGUGGUGUAGUGGCUCUCUCGCGGCUUUAG